ACGCAGUGAAUGGCUUAGUGAGAAGCUCUGAGGAGCAGCUCUCCCAAGGUUCCUCCUAGCCUCACUGUAGGAGGAGCAGCAGCAUCAGUGAGGGGAGAGAGAGAAAAGCACCACGUCACUUCUGCCAAAGUUGGAGAGAGAAAGAGGGGGGAGCAGCUCAGCGCCUUCUUUGGUGAGAUCUCGAGAAGAUCAGCUUCGUGGAGAAGAUGCAGACCGGAUUUCGGUUCAACUUGAGCCCCGUGAAGGAGCCGCUGGGGUUCAUAAAAGUUGUGGAGUGGCUCACAGCGGUGUUCGCCUUCGGAAGCUGCGGCGGAUACUCCGGCCGGAACGUCAUUUCCCUGUUCUGCAGUUCCGGCAGCAACGAAACUCUGGAAGCUAAGUUUUCGUACCCGUUCAGGUUAAACCAGGUGCGACUGGUCGCAGAAAAUGUCACUCUGUGUAACCACACGGUGUCCGAGACGCACCUGGUGGGCGACUCUUCGUCCUCGGCCGAGUUUUUCGUGGCCGUUGCCGUCCUGGCGUUCCUCUACUGCAUGGCGGCUCUGCUGGUUUACGUCGGCUACAUGCACGUUUACCGGGACUCAGACUUUGGCCCAAUGUUCGAUUUCGUGGUGACGGCCGCGUUUGCGUUCCUGUGGCUGGUGUGUUCGUCGGCCUGGGCGCGAGGGCUGCAGCUGGUGAAAUACGCCACGGGCAAUGAGGGCAUCGCCUCCACUCUGCUGCCAUGCAGGGAAGACACCGUCACCUGUGAUGUCACCGAGUUCGCCAGCAUGCGCACACUAAACAUAUCAGUGGUGUUUGGCUUCUUGAACCUGAUUGUGUGGGCUGGUAAUGCCUGGUUUGUUUAUAAGGAGACACGCUGGCACUCGCAGAAGGUCAACUCUCAACAAGCAGCGAGCCGUGGUCCAGGCCCCGCCCCCAUCUAGACGUGUCUCCUAGGCAACCGCUUCACCACUCCCAUCCACAACUCCAAGGAAAAGUCUUGUGUUUCCACAGGUGACCUGCGAACUUUUCUGAAGCCAUAUUCUCUCAUUUCCACUUUGCAUUAGGGCUGAUUUGUUGACCGGCAGAUCAGCUGAAUGGCUGAAUGUGUUUAUUAUUUUGUUUUAAGGAAACAAAAACGUCAGCUUUAUCUGCUCUUUACCCAAAGCUCACACUUUACAGGCUAAAUGAACGCACUGACUUAAAACGCGCCAGCCGCUCAGCACAGGUUUCAGGCACCUCUGAAAAAACUGUUUAUCUGCUCGGUAAACUUUGAUUUGUUCAGAAAAAAAAUCAACAGUACAAUAAAUAUGAAUAACAUUAAUACAAUGAGUAGUGUGUCAGUGUGAUUUAACCAUUUCCUGGCCUCACCUUGAGGAAGCCCAUUGUGAACAUAUAUAAUAUAUAUAAAUUAGUCAGACUUGGUUAUUAUUAUUAAAUGAAAACAGUAAUAAUAACAUUCUGGUCUGCUCUCAAGGGAUGUUUGAACUUUGAAACCAGAAAACAUCAACAAACUGUCUGAGCUGUUCAAUCGGAGGUCUUUUCUUUCAGAGCUUCAUCUGUAACAGUGAAUCUGCAUCGAAAAACGGUUAAUCUGAAUCGAAACACGGUGAAACUGAAUCGAAACAUGGUGAAUCUGAAUCGAAACACGUGAAUCUGAAUCGAAACACGUGAAUCUCAAUCUAAACACCGUGAAUCUGAAUCUAAACAAGGUGAAUACGAAUCUAAACAAGGUGAAUAUGAAUCAAAAUACGGUGAAUCUGAAUCUAAACACAAUGAAUCUGAAUCUAAACACAGAGAAUCUGCAUCGAAAUGCGGUGAAACUGAAUUGAAACGCGGUGAAACUGAAUCGAAACACGGUGAAUCUGAAUCUAAACACAGUGAAUCUGAAUCUAAACACAGUGAAUCUGAAUCUAAACACAGAGAAUCUGAAUCAAAACACGGUGAAACUGAAUCUAAACACGGUGAAACUGAAUCUAAACAAGGUGAAUACGAAUCUAAACACGGUGAAUACCACAUUUUGUUCUUCAAUCUACACUCUUAAAAAUUAUGCUCCUUCAAGGGUUCUUUAGUAAAGGAAAUGGUUCUAUAUAGAACCAUGAACACUCAAAGAACCCUUUGCAUGAUUAAAUGGUUUACAUGGAGAAUGUCCUGUAUAUGAUUCUGUAUAGAACCUUUUUGAAAAGGGUUCUAUACAGCAUCAAAAAGUUUGCUUGACAUCGUAACAAUAGAGGAACCUAUUUGGGUGCUUUAAAGAACCAUCUACAGCAUAUUAUAUAUCAAUCUGAAGAACCCUUUCCCCAUGCAAAGAAACAUUUAGUCAUGCAAAGGGGUCUUCGAGUGUUCUAUAUAGAACCAGGAGUUUGGAUCAUAAGAUAUUUUGAACAUAAGAAACUUUUUUUUUUUUCCGUUUUACUGUAUUUAUGUUUAUUAGCUAAUAUUCUAAUGAUUAUACGGUGAGUCUAAAAGCAGAAACACACUUGCUGGCAAGUUGAAUGGGUUUUAAACAGUUUUUAGGUGCCUGAAACUUUUGCUCUGUACUCUGUUUUCACUGUCGGACAAAAACUUUACAUCAGAAGGAAAAACGUUCUUAAAUUUCCCUGUUAGUGUAUAAAGAGACCGUGUAAAGGGCAGCUGGUUGAUCUCCAAUGAGGUCAAAAAAUGAAAAGUGUGAAGAUCGAAGAUUUUCUUCCUAAAGCGAUGAUAUGAUCAAAAAGUAAGAGCAGCCGACGUCACGCAGCUCACUGACUUUAUUUCCGUUAUAAAACCGCAGCACAAAUAAAAAUAAACCCCAUUUCCAGGUGGUUGUUAGGAGUGAAUUUUCUCAGACUCCGUUCUUGCACUGCUAUUCCUCGGGCUGGGCGAUAUGACAGUGUAUAUAUCGUUAUCAUGAUAAAUUAUGUCACGAUACACUUUUCUGAACAUGUCCUGUGUAUCGUCAGUAGUUGUAGAAACUGACCAACUGUUUCAUAACAAAGAGAAUGAAAUUAGUCCUGUUUAACUCGUUUAGUGCCAAAUAUUGAAUAAAAAUAAUAGUUUUUGAUGAUAUUUUUUUAAAUAGUUGCAAUUUUGUUUUUUUGUUUGUUCUCUGUUCCAACUGAUCAGAUGUCUGAACAAAUAAAUAUGGUGAUAUAUCAUGAAAAUUUCUAUUAUCGUGAUAUAUUUUUGCCGUAUCGCCCAGCUCUAGCUAUUCUACAAUAUUAAAAUUAGAGCAAAUGUAAAUUUGCCUACUUCUCUUGUGCCUUGUGUGCCUAAAAGCUGGACGCUGAUGUCGGUCAGCUUCCGUUCAUCACUUUUGUUUGUGAACAUUUCUCUAGUGUGAAUUGCAGCUUGUAAAAUUUUAAAUUGUCUUCCGUUUUUAUUCACACUGUAUUUUUGUGCAUCCAACUUCAUUUAUAGCUGUGCAUGUGUUUUAUGUAUGCUGACCACUUUUACACAUCUGUGUGGAUGUUUUUGUUCUCCUGUUGAUUUUUUUUUUUUUUGGCUAUAUCUUGAAUAUUUACUCAGCCUCUCCUUUACACUCUAAAAUUAAUGUGUUAAAUGAUCACACACUUACAUGUGUUGCCUCUUUUAUCACUUUUUGUGUCAUAUUGUUUUCUGAUUUAACACCUUCUGUGUUAAAGCAACACAAAAAUGACUGAAAAUGUGUCUCCAGCUGAACACACUUGUAUGUCUAGUUCAGGGUCGGCAACAUGCGACUCUUCUACUGCCCCCUUGUGGCUCCACAGCUGAAUCAGAUCAGUAGGUAAUAAUAAAAUAAUCCUCCUCUACAGUAAAAUAAAGCUCUGCUGAUCCUUCAACACAGUU